AUGAGUAUCCUGGAGCGGAAUUACCAAGGUGAGGGAGCCCAGAGCUCCGGCUGGAGGCACCAGGGCGGCCAAGAUGUCAGCUUCUUUGUCAGGUCCCCCUUUCGGUCUAUGAGCAAGAGGAAGUUGCAGCCCAUACCGGCAGCCUUCACCCUAACAUCUUCAGCAGUAAACAAGAUAAAACAGCUUCUUAAAGAUAAGCCUGAACAUGUGGAUGUGAAAGCUGGUGUCCGAACCAGGGCUUGUAAUGGCCUUUCUUAUACUCUACGUUAUACGAAGACAAAAGGAGAUUCUGAUGAAGUUGUUCAAGAUGGAGGCAGAGUGUUCAUCAAAAAGAAAGCACAGCUAACACUUUUAGGAACAGAAAUGGGCUAUGUAGAAGACAAAUUAUCCAGUGAGUUUGUGUUCCAUAACCCAAACAUCAAAGGAACCUGUGGCUGUGGAGAAAGUUUUAAUACUUGACACCCCAGGACUCCUCCUUCAGCUGUAGGUUCCAGGGAUGCUCCUGGAACAAUUGGGGCUUACUAAAGAAGGUUUCUCAAGGUUUCUGAUGUAUGGCUGCCUUAUGAGGAAAUAAAGUAAUGCAUUUUGAAAAUGAAAAAAAAAAAAGACUUGUUAAUAGUAAAUGAGAUGAUAUACAAUAAACACUUAGCAUUGGUAUACAGUGAAGCCUCAGGAAGUCUGAAGUGGGUUUGGAAAUAGAACUAGGGUUACAAAUAUGUGCGAGAAUUAUUUCUUUCUGGCUUGUACGAGGCUCUAAUGCAAAACUAAAACCCAGACACACUUAGAGCAGUGCUGGGUCAUGCUGAAAGGAAGAGCGUGCAGUAGCAGAUUGUAAAGGGCAGAGCAGUGAGGGGCUGGAGGGCUUGGUGCAGCCGGGCCUGGUCUUGAAGACGGAGUAAGAUUAGCACUGAGAGAGGAAGGGGGUCGGGGCAUUGCUCAAGCACAGGACCCAGAGAGGACUGGUGAGGACAGCACCCUAUGGAAUUGGAUGGCUAAAUGGGUCAGGUUAUGGGAGGCCUUGAAGCCAAGUAGAGGCAUUUAGAAACAGCGCAAACGGUGAGCCAUUUUAUCUUCUCAAGCAAGGAAGUGUGAGGAAUCAAGUGGUCCUCAAGGAACCCGCAUCUUUGGGUUGAGCAGAGGGCGGCUGGCAGUGUGGACACCAUCCCUGAGCCUUACAGUGUUCAGGGUCCAAGUCAUCGAAAUGCAGAGGAGGAGAUGCACUAGAAGAGAUUUUGAAGGAAAAAUGCCAAGGCUUGUGACAGGUGAGCCCUGGAUGAGACGACCCAUUAGUUGUGAAGAGACCCUUAGCAAAUGGUAAAAAGUACUGUUUCAUCUUGAUUUUUGUGACAUUGUUGCUUUUAGCCUUGUGAAUAGUAGUUCUAAAAAAUAUUUUAUUGAGUUGUAUCGGAUUGAUUUUGUUUAUUCCACAAAUAUCUCAGUCUUAGGUUCCUCUGGUGGGUCAGGCUGGGGAGGCAGCUGUGCACGUGAUGUCAUGGUCCGCUCUCAGGUUGCCGUAAGAGAGAGGGGCCAACAGACAUUUAUAAUAGAGCGUGGUGAAGGGGCUGUGAUCUGGGACGUGCUGGAUGCUGUGUGCCAUAGGCCAGACAUGGGGGGUACGAGCACUGAAGCUAAUGCCUAAACAAUGAACAGCAGCCAGCUACACUGUGGAGGGCCAAGAGGGGCGGCGGGGAGAAUGUAGGAGGCAGAGGAAGAUGUGUGCAGAGUUCUGGCAAGAGGAAGAACGUGGCAUCCCUGGAGAACUGGAGAAGGCUGGAGACCUGGGAGCAAGAGUG